AUGGGUACAAAAAAAGUAAACCAGUUCAAGGACUUUGUUCCGACAAUUAGCGACAGCGAAGAAGACAUUCCGGACCUCGAUGCGUCGGACGACGAAUAUGAGACGGCGGGGAAGGUGAAGUCUCGCAAGAAGACGAAGAAAGGACGCAAGGGGGGCGCAGUGAUUGCAGAUGAUGAGGAUGCACAUGCAGACUUAAACCCGGAGUUCCAUUUUAACGAUGAGGGCGCGGAGGGCACCACAGACUUCAGCGGGUGGGACUUCGUGGGGGACGGUGAGCGUGCAGAACAGAAGGACGUGGACUUGGAUGGCAUCAUCCGCCGGAAGGGAGGGCUGGUGCAGCUUGCAGGUGUGGAGGAGUCUGAAGAAGAGGUGGAGGAGGCCGAAAGCGCUGCCGGCGCAAGCGACGAUGAGGAACUGGCGCUGGACGGAUUCGGGAUGGGCGCGGUAGCGCAGCGGGAGGCGGCUGGCGCAGCGGAUGAGAGUGACAGCGAGUCUGAUAAGGACAGCGACAACAGUGCAGAGGAGGCGGUCGAGCUGGACGGAGUCGAGUUUGGCGAUGAGCAGGAGGAGGCGCGGGAAGAGGACACCGCAGAGGAGAUGGCCCAGUUUUAUGCGCCUUCGAACGAAGGCGAGGAAGCCAAAAACGUGGUACAUUCCACUUUCAACAGUCUCUCCCUUUCACGUCCCGUCCUGAAGGGUCUAGCUGCAUUGGGCUACACUAAGCCUUCGCCUAUCCAGGGCGCGACUAUACCGAUCGCUCUGUUAGGGAAGGACGUGAUAGCAGGUGCCGUCACAGGUUCCGGUAAGACAGCUGCAUUCAUGAUCCCAAUAAUUGAACGUCUUUUGUAUAAGCCAGCCAAGAUCGCAUCCACGCGUGUGCUGGUACUAACCCCCACACGUGAACUGGCGAUCCAAGUGGCAGAUGUGGGGAAGAAACUUGGAAAGUUUGUUAGCGGGCUGACGUUUGGGCUUGCGGUUGGUGGGCUGAACCUACGCCAGCAGGAACAGGCGUUGAAGCUGCGGCCAGACAUCGUGAUUGCGACGCCAGGUAGAAUAAUCGACCACAUCAGAAAUUCCGCUUCGUUCAGCGUGGACUCUGUGGAAGUGUUAGUUAUUGACGAGGCAGACCGGAUGCUGGAGGAUGGUUUCCAAGAUGAGCUGAAUGAGAUCAUGUCACUCAUUCCAAGCAAGCGGCAGACACUACUGUUCUCUGCUACCAUGAAUUCAAGAAUUAAGCAGCUCAUCUCAUUGUCGUUGAAAAAGCCUGUGAGGAUCAUGAUUGACCCUCCAAAGCAGGCCGCAAACAAGCUGACGCAGGAGUUUGUGCGGUUACGGAAAAGGGAACACCUGAAGCCUGCACUCCUUUACCACUUACUGCGGAAACUGGACAGCACUGGUCAAAAGAGGAUUGUUGUGUUUGUAGCGAGAAAGGAAGUCGCCCACAGGCUCCGUGUUAUCCUUGGACUACUCGGUAUGAAAGCAGGCGAACUGCAUGGGUCCUUGACGCAAGAACAACGUCUGCAGUCUGUGAAUAACUUCAAGUCUCUGGAUGUGCCAGUACUUGUCUGUACAGAUUUGGCUUCCAGAGGUCUGGAUAUUCCUAAGAUCGAGGUGGUUAUAAACUACGAUAUGCCUAAAACAUACGAGAUAUAUCUUCACAGAGUUGGUCGUACAGCAAGAGCUGGGAGAGAAGGUAAGUCUGUAACCCUUGUCGGGGAAUCAACCCAGGAAAGAAGUAUAGUAAAGGAUGCUAUCAAGUCUGUAGACGGAAGUAAGGGUUCUGGCCGGGCGUGUGGUCGGGUAGUCGAUUGGAAACAGGUGGAGGAAAUUCACAAACUUGUUCAAGCCAAGGAGGACGUCAUUGGCGAAAUCUUGGAGGAGGAAAAGCAAGAGAAGGAGAUUCUACGCGCAGAGAUGGAGAUCCGCAAGGGUGAGAACAUGCUUAAGUUUAAGGAAGAGAUCAAUGCUCGUCCAAGAAGAACAUGGUUCCAAUCAGAAUCAGAGAAGAAAAACUCAUCCAUCUUGCAGGCCCUAUCAAAGAAUAAAAAGGUCACCAAUAGCAAGAAGCGCAAAAGAGAAGAAGCCCAACAAGAAGUAGGGUCGCGGCAAUACAAGAAGACCCAGAAGGAUCGUACAACUAAUCAAGAGCUUGCAUUCAGGAAACAAAAGAAGGGCGGCAAUAAGAAGAAGAAGGUACGCAAAUGA